UGACCUCAGAUUGUGACACUCUGGUUGGCUUUGGUAAUCGGGCCAAAAGUACAUGGGGAGAAAUAUGGGAGAGCAGAGCUGCUGGGUAGGCUUUCUUCAUUAUGUCAAGGAAAUGUGGUACAGGUUCAAAAAUGCACAAACUGCAGCAGUACCUGCUAAUGAAAAAAGAGUCAUUGCCAUCAACCGUUACAUCACCAGCCUCUACUGCAACUCCUUACUCCCAAGAUUCACCAGCAUCAGCAGCUGUAGGAGCACCAUCUGUGUCUACUGGCAGAGGACAUGUUCAUGACAACAUGUCCAUCAAAACCUCCGUCUCCAUGAGGCACCAACACACCCUGCACGUCAGCCUGGGCCGCCAGCACCAACACGCCCUGCAUCUCAGCCUGUGCCACCAGCAUCAACACGCCCUGCAUCUCAGCCUGUGCCACCAGCAUCAACACGCCCUGCAUCUCAGCCUGUGCCACCAGCAUCAACACGCCCUGCAUCUCAGCCUGUGCCACCAGCAUCAACACGCCCUGCAUCUCAGCCUGUGCCACCAGCAUCAACACGCCCUGCAUCUCAGCCUGUGCCACCAGCAUCAACACGCCCUGCAUCUCAGCCUGUGCCACCAGCAUCAACACGCCCUGCAUCUCAGCCUGUGCCACCAGCAUCAACACGCCCUGCAUCUCAGCCUGUGCCGCCAGCAUCAACACACCCUGGAUUUCCACCCUCACUUCCACUGCCCAGAUAUGACCAAGAAAUGAUUCACUGGAACUGCUCUCAACAGCAAAAGGUAUGGAUGAAGAUGGAGCUGGAAGCCAUGGGACUGUGGCCGGGAAGUCCACCUGUGAGGCACCUUACUAACUCUGUCUCUUUGUGGCGUCUACCACCUCAGCCUGAGCUCAUUGAGACUGCCUGUGGGCUUCCAU